UUACGAUCCCAACAAGUGGGAAUAUAUUUCUGAAAUCCUAAAUUUGUUAAAAUAGUAUAUAGUUAACAGCUGAGCACGAUCACAUCUAAACACACCAAACACGACAAACCUAAGAGGCGAUACAUAAAUCUCCGUAAGAAUGCGAGUAAUAAAAACACUACUAGAAAUAUAUGAAGGUCCAGAAUGCCGUGCUCAGCAGUUACGCUUUCUAUCGCAACAAUAUCUGCAAUAAUUGCAACGGCUUUAUUAGCAAUCGCCUUUUCUACAGAUAACUGGUUAUACUAUGACGUUAAAAGAAGUAAUAUCCAGAUGUUUGCUGCAAAACAUACUGAUGCCGAUGAUCUUUUCAAUAGCAUGACCAAUAAAUAUUUUUAUUAUCCUCGAACAAGAGGUUUAUUCCGAAUAUGCUUCCCGAAGGAAAGACCACCUCUGAAUGCGGUCCCUACAUACUUGUCACCAAUAGAAACACAUUGCUCUAACUUAGACUAUUUUCCUCAAAUCGAUGAUGAAAAGACUUCGAACGAAGAUGCGAAUUCCAGACUACACUUAGCGCGGUCUUGUAUAGCUUUAUUUGUUAUCAGCUUUGUCACAAUUUUCUGCGCUUUUUGGACAGGACUGUCUGGAUGUUGGAAGCGAUCAUCCGGUGCCAUAACAGCUACAUCAAUUCUUUUAUUAGCAAGUUGCUUACUAUCUGCUGGCGCUAUGGGCUUAUGGCACACUGUUGAAUUUUUUGAAAAAGAGAAAGUUGUUGGAGAAGACUAUUACCAACAAUGGAAUACGGUACUCAGGGAUAACACAAAAAUUACAUACGAUUGGUCAUAUCUCACUGCCUGGGCUGGAAUAGGUGCCUGUUUACUAGCGGCAAUCUUACUGUCAGCUGCUGCUAUUUGCUUACGGAACGAACGUGAGAAAGAAGAACAGCUGAACUUACAAUAUUUAAUGCCAGUGUAUUCACAGAAGCAACCGCCAUAUCCACCCUAUGCUAGUUACCCACAACCGCAAAUUUAUCCUGGGCCAUAUUACCACGGGUCUCAAUAUGGACCAUAUAACUACUAAUUACUAAAUACAUAUAUGCACAAUAAUCUUCAUAAAGGAUAACCCACUUUAUUAAUAUAUAUAUACAUUAUAUAUAUAUAUAUAUAUAUAAAUAUAUAUACGUAUAUACAUACAUCAUAUAUGACUAUGUUUAAAUUUCUUAAAAUCGUGUUACUGUACUUUUAUCUUUUAAUUUAUUGUAAUUUCAUUUAACCUAAUAUAUAAUUAUAAAUUAUUUUUAAGGAUUUUUUAUAAUAUCAAAAACUAAUCCGAAUUAAAUUUUUACAGAAAUAAGAAACUAAUAGUUGUGUAAAUAUAUAUACAUAUAUAUUUAUAUAUACAAGUAUAUACUCCAUUCAAAUUUUGGAAUAUUAAAAAUUCGCACUGAUUGGGUAGUAUCUGGAUUGGUCUUAGGAUUUCUUAAGACAUAUCACCAUACAAGCCGUUUUGAUCCGAAAUACCAAUUGAAGUCAAAUAUGUAUGUUAUUACAGUUUACAAUGCAUAGAAACGUGAAGAAUUACAAUAACUCGUUAAUCGGCAUUAUCAACUCUGGUCCGUGGUAUAUUUUCAAUAUUCACUCGAUAUUAGGUUUACCAAAUACUCGAGGUCAAACACAAUUAUUUUCAUGAUAAAAGUAAAUUAAACUUUCGGAAGAAAAUAAAAAUAGAAAAAAUAGAAACAGUCAAACUAGCAGACUUAAAUAUAUUUUCUUCAGAGACUAUAACAACAAUGAAAAUAAAUGAAAGUAACAAAAAACCACAUAAACUUACUGCUACUGCUAAUGCUUUUCCAUUUACAAUUAUUAAAAGCUGCUUGUUUGCUUUAACACAAAAAUAUUUUUUUGUGCUAUAUUAUAGUAUUUAAAAUCUUCAAACAAACCAAUCAAAAAUAACACCUGUGCGAAACGAACACCAUAAUUAUAUAGUACGUAAAUUUUGCUAAAAAUCACAUAUUCGAUAACAAAUAAUUUUUUGUCUACGAAUUUGAAAUUCGUUUUAACUGAUUCGUCUUCCAUCUUCAUAUCUGCUCUGAUGCGUCAUUUUAUCCCCGAAAAGUAUGUUUAUACUAGUUUUGAUUGAUAGAUAUGCAAGUUUUAAUUAUAACACAUUUUCAAAAAAUCUAUAUAAUGAAACAUAUCAUUGAAUAUUAAAAAAAUAAAUUAUAGAAUAGUAUAUAACCAAUAAAUGGAUUUUAUGUAGAAUAUAACUCGCACAAUACAAUUGAUAGCCCAGCUAUAACGGGGAGUAAAGCAAAUAAAACAUUAUUACCAAAAUAUAUGUACCACAACAAUGGUGAGUUGUACAGAAACAUU